AUGGAAAUUUUUACUAUUGUCAUCAUCACUGUGGUGCUUGGCCUGCUCUUUUCCGCAUUCAGAAUUCUGCGUGAAUAUGAGCGCGGUGUGGUGUUUAUGCUGGGUCGAUUCUAUCGGGUUAAAGGCCCCGGUCUGGUGAUCAUCAUUCCUGUUCUGCAGCAGAUGAUGCGCGUUGAUUUGCGCACGGUGGUAUCGGAUAUACCCACCCAGGACCUGAUCACGAAAGAUAAUGUCUCAGUCAAAGUGAAUGCCGUACUUUACUUCCGGGUCGUGGAUCCUGAGCGGGCCAUCAUAAAUGUUGAGAACUUCAUGGAAGCUACCGGCCAGUUAGCUCAAACCACGUUGCGUUCUGUGCUCGGUCAGCAUGAGUUGGACGAACUGUUAGCGCAGCGUGAGCGACUCAAUCACGAUAUUCAGGAAAUCCUCGAUCAGCAGACAGACCAGUGGGGCAUAAAAGUUUCUAACGUCGAAAUUAAACACGUCGAUAUCGAUGAAAGUAUGAUUCGCGCCAUCGCCAAACAGGCGGAAGCAGAGCGCGUGCGUCGAGCCAAAGUGAUUCAUGCCAACGGAGAAGAGCAGGCCGCUGGCAAGCUGGUGGAAGCUGCAAAGCUGUUAUCUCAGGAAAACGGCGCCAUGCAGUUGCGCUAUCUGCAGACAUUGACGGAAAUUGCGGGAGAAAAGAGCUCUACCAUCGUGUUCCCGCUGCCUGGUGUGCUGUUGGAUGUUAUCGAGCGUCUGGGUUCGAAUCCGCCCGCAGAUGGUAAGUGA